CUGGGGGUGCCCUGAGCCUUGGGGCCAAAUCCAGGCAAGCCGGGGGGGAGUGGCCGCAUCCUUCCCCGCCCUGAAGUUCCCCACCCCUGCUGUAGUGGUUUAGGCACAUGUCUUUACAAUAUACUCUGUACAGUCCCACUCCUGCUUCACACAUAUAGAUCCUAUCAACGAGAACUUUAUCAUCUACUUACAAUCUGAAUUUGUGUCUGAUUCCAGUGCUAGCAGGCUGUGGAAGAGAUGGAAUUUCCUAACUGCCUGUCCUGUUUGCUUCUUAGGAACUUGCUUUCAUUUUCAGGUAUCUAUCAGGAGAGGUGGUAGUUUUCCAAACUUUACUUUGAUCAGUACUAAAAUAGAAAGACUGUUGACACAUUCCCUUGAAAUGAAAAAGAGCAAGUUACCCAUUUCUUAGAGCUGUGGUUUCAAGCUAUCUUCUGGCUUUUGCAGACACCACUGCCUCAGUUGUGCUCGAUUCACUUUUCAAAGAUUAAUUUUGCAGCAAUAAGAGCUCUAGUCAAAUUUGUUUAUAAAAAAAAGAAAUAUCAAAGUCUUAAAAACAAUGGUGCAGAUAAAUGUAUUUGUUUGCAGAGCAAAGUGGCCUAGUUAUAACCUUUUUGAAAACAGUCGCAUACCAUGAAAAACCAUUGAUUAGAAUACAUUUUUACCAGUACCUCUAGGGUGGAAACCUACACAGGUGUCUGGAAGGAGUUUCCUAGAUCCCUGCAAAAUCUAGGCCACCCCUUGGUAUAAUGAUGAGGAAAACUGCUAACAACAUUUUGUAGCAUUCAGUGGUUUUUUAAGUUUAUAAUUAAUGGGUUUAUUUUUCAGUCCUUUUGUACCCAAAACACCCAUUAAUUUCAACAGGCAUUACACGCAUACAGAGGGGAGAUACAGAUUCCCAAGAUAGUAUUUGAUGAUUAACUACUAAAGAAUCUGAAUUAAUUAUAAAUUUAAGAUUAUCUUAUUGGUUGGGUCUUUUUCUUUUUGAUCCAGCUAUAUUAUAUACUAAAGAAGGCUGUCCAUCAAUCCAAAUCCAUACACUAUGAGAGCUGGCUUUCCUUGCAACCUUCAAAGGACUGUGAGACCUCGUUAUCUGAAGGAGUUCCGCACGGAGCAGUGCCCCCUUUUUGUGCAGCACAAAUGCACUCAGCACCGGCCCUAUACUUGCUUCCACUGGCACUUUGUCAAUCAACGUCGUCGCAGAUCUAUCCGCCGUCGGGAUGGCACUUUUAACUAUAGCCCUGACAUUUACUGCACCAAAUAUGAUGAGACCACAGGAAUCUGCCCAGAAGGAGAUGAGUGUCCAUUUUUGCAUAGAACUACUGGUGACACAGAGAGAAGAUAUCAUCUACGCUACUACAAAACUGGAAUCUGUAUCCAUGAGACUGACUCCAAAGGAAAUUGCACAAAGAAUGGCCUCCACUGCGCCUUUGCUCAUGGGCCACACGACCUGCGCUCUCCUGUUUACGACAUCAGGGAGCUUCAGGCUAUGGAGGCUUUGCAGAAUGGUCAGACCACAUCAGAGGGCAUAGAAGGUCAAUCUGCAGUCGCUGCUAGCCAUGCUAUGAUAGAGAAAAUACUCAGUGAGGAGCCAAGGUGGCAAGACACAACGUACGUGUUAGGAAACUACAAGACAGAACAAUGCAAGAAGCCUCCCCGUCUUUGUCGCCAGGGUUACGCCUGUCCCUACUAUCACAACAGCAAAGAUAGAAGAAGGAGCCCAAGAAAACACAAAUACAGAUCGUCACCAUGUCCCAGUGUGAAACAUGGUGAUGAGUGGGGAGACCCCAGUAAGUGCGAGAAUGGGGACACAUGCCAGUACUGCCACACGCGCACAGAGCAACAGUUUCACCCAGAGAUCUACAAAUCCACCAAGUGCAAUGACAUGCAGCAAUCUGGCAGCUGUCCUCGGGGACCCUUCUGUGCCUUUGCACAUGUAGAACAAUCCAUGGAACAUUCCCUGUGGAGAGCUAGCAGCAGGAGAGAACCUCCACUCAAUGAAGAUUUACAGCCAUCCUCAGCUGUAUCCAGCCCAACGCAAACAGGCCCUGUGAUGUAUAUGCCAUCAGCUGCUGGCGAUUCUGUUCCAGUGAGCCCUUCUAGUCCACAUGCUCCAGACCUUAGCAAUGUGUGGAAUAAACCAGGAACUCUGCCAACCAGCCCCACGUCCACCACAAUUCUUUGUAGGAAUAGCAGCCUCGGAAGUCCAUCUAAUAUAUGUGGAUCCCCUCCUGGUGCCAUUGGGAAACCACACAGCUUGGAGAACAUUGGUUUUCCCACAGACUCAGUAACUGCAGCCAGCAGCUAUAAGAAAGCACCAGGGUUUGAACGGGAGGAUCAAGUGGGGGCCGAGUAUCUGAAGAGCUUCAAAUGCCAGCAAGCAAAAAUAAAAUCCCAUUCACUGGAAUACAGGAGCCAGGAGCAGCCUUUGUUACAGCCCAAACAGGACAUAUUGGGGAUUCUUCCUGUGGGCAGCCCUUUGACUUCCAGCAUCUCCUCCAGUAUCACUUCCAGUCUGGCAGCAACACCACCAAGCCCCGCUGGCACCAGCAGCAUCCCAGGCAUGAACGCCAAUGCCCUGCCUUUCUACCCUACCAGCGACACAGUGGAGUCUGUUAUAGAAUCUGCCUUGGAUGACCUGGACCUGAACGAAUUCGGAGUGGCUGCCCUGGAGAAGACAUUUGACAGCAGCACGGUGCCCCACACGAGUGGCAUCAUGAUAGGUGGGAGUUUGCUGCAGAGUUCUGCUCCUGUAAAUAUCCCUGGGUCCCUUGGAAGUUCUGCCUCUUUUCACUCUGCCUCUCCUUCUCCACCGGUCAGCCUCUCAUCGCAUUUCCUCCAUCAGCCCCAGGGACACUUAAGCCAGUCAGAAAACACAUUCUUGGGGACAUCAGCUUCUCAUGGAUCAUUAGGUUUAAAUGGGAUGAACAGCAGCAUAUGGGAGCACUUUGCUUCUGGGAGUUUUUCGCCCAGUACCUCACCUGCGUUUCUGUCAGGUCCAGGUGCUGCUGAGCUGGCGAGACUGCGACAAGAACUGGAUGAAGCCAACAGCACAAUUAAGCAGUGGGAGGAGUCCUGGAAACAAGCCAAACAGGCAUGUGACGCUUGGAAGAAGGAAGCAGAGGAAGCGAAUGAUCGUGCCAGCACAGCCAACAUGGAAUGUGAGCUGGCCCGGGAGCAGAGGGAAGCCCUGGAGCUGCAAGUGAAGAAACUCCAGGAGGAGCUGGAAAGGAUCCAUGCAGGCCAGGACCCCCAGAUCCUGCGCUCGUUUUCUGACCUAGAGACUCUCUCGCUCUCCACACUGUAUACCCUACAGAAACAGCUGCGCGCCAACCUGGAGAAAGUCGACAAGGCAGUAUUUCAGAUGCAAUCAGUGAAAUGUCUUAAGUGUCAGGAGGAGAACCGGGUGGUGUUACAGUGCCAACACGCCGUGCUGUGUGAAAUGUGUGCCGAGGAGGGCGAAUGCCCCAUCUGCCAUCCUAACAGGCCACACACGCUCCAAUCGUGACCCUUCAAGGACACUUGGUUUCUCAUAUCACAUAGAA